UUUAGUACUUGUGUAUCAAAUUUGUUGUCAAAUUGUCAAAAACACAGUAAACAGAUUUCGAAGAAUGGUUUUAUGCUCAAUAAAAUAUCAAUAUUUCUUCAUUGUUAACAUUCUGAUGCGAUUUGGUUUAAGUUAGCUCAUGGUUGUAUUUUUAAAAUUUAAUUCCCAAAAUCUAAAACAAGUUCAAAUGGCAUCGGCGAAAAAUGAUGAGGUUGUGACUGAUGAGGAAUGGGAGGACUUCAAAAAGAAAUUCGAAAAAUCGUAUAAGGAUGCAGAUGAUGAGAAGAAACAUCGGGAUAUUUAUAUGGAAAACAAGAAAAGCAUUGCUGAGCACAACGCAAAAUAUGAAAAAGGCGAAGAAACAUAUACCAAGGGAAUAAAUCAGUUUUCUGAUAUGACAGAAGAGGAAUGUCAACAAUAUACAGGUUUCGUCGCAGAUAAAAAAAAGAAAAAGAAGCGGUGAAAUUUACCAAAAAUUACUUUUUUGUUUAUUUUUUAUUAAUUAAUAUUCUCUAUAAAUGAAGAUAUUAUUAGAAUACUUUUAAGUAAUUCGCUACUAGAUACAAAUUUGAAAAUUGUAGUUUGAAGAACCUUGAAGAACCAAUAUCCAAUUUUCUAAAUCAUUCAAAAAUUGUAAAUAGGAAUGACACUUAAUUCUGGUACGGGCUUCAACGGCUAAAUUUGAUUUUUUUUGUCAUUUUUCAAAGCUGAGAUAUUGUGUCAAGCAAUUAAAAAAGUGAUUUUUUUAAGGCAUGCUGGACCUUAAAAAGUCAAGACUUUUGUUAUAAUUUAA